UCUCUCUCUCUCUCUCAGCUUCACCAGAGCUAAAUUAUCUUGAAUCCUGUUUCUUGCUUAAUUACGAAUAUCUUGAAGAAUGACAAAGUUGCAAAGUUUCUCGUUCAAAUUCUUAACCAUCAUUUCACUCACUCUCCUCGUCGGCCCCAUUUUAGUUUCUUCAAAGGGGAAAUGUGAGUCCCAAGAAGAAGAUCGAGACAACUCCGAAGCACAGGCACUCAAAUACAAACUAAUUGGCAUGGCUUCGAUCCUCCUUGCUAGCGCACUAGGAGUCUCUCUUCCACUUUUGGUGAAGAAGAUAACAUUCUUGCACCCAGAGAAAGAUGUUUAUUUCCUUAUCAAGGCCUUCGCAGCCGGAGUAAUCUUGGCGACCGGGUUCAUUCACGUACUUCCUGAUGCUUAUGAAAGUUUAAGGAGCCCAUGCCUGAGUGAGAAUCCGUGGAGGAAGUUUCCGUUUGCGGGUUUUGUCGCGAUGCUGUCGGCUAUUGGGACUCUGAUGAUGGAAGCAUUUGUUACUGGGUACCAGAAGAGGUCUGAGCUUAGGAAAGCUCAGCCAUUGGGUGUAAAUGAAGAGGAAAGUGAUGAACAUGGUGCUCAUGCUCAUGGUGUUGCGUUUGUAUUAGAGAGAUUGGAUUCAUCGGAACUUGUCCGGCAUCGCAUAAUAUCUCAGAUUUUAGAGUUGGGGAUUCUUGUUCAUUCGGUGAUUAUUGGGGUAUCGCUUGGUGCUUCUAGAAGUCCAAAGACAAUCAAGCCUCUGAUAACAGCAUUGAGUUUUCAUCAGUUUUUUGAGGGCAUGGGACUCGGCGGAUGCAUCUCUCAGGCGAAAUACAAGUGCCAAACUGUCACAAUUAUGGUACUUUUCUUCUCCCUUACCACCCCAACAGGGGUAGCAGUUGGCAUUGGCAUAUCGAAAAUCUACAACGAGAAUAGCUCAACGGCACUCGUAGUUCAAGGUUUUCUCUUAGCAACAUCGGCUGGAAUUUUGAUUUACAUGGCACUUGUUGAUCUUCUUGCAGCUGACUUUAUGAAUCCAAAAAUGCUAUGCAAUUUUAGGCUCCAACUUGGAGCAAAUUUUGCACUUCUACUUGGGGCGUGUUUUAUGUCACUCUUGGCCAAAUGGGGAGAAUCUUAACUUUUUAUUUUUUCUACUGUCAAUAGUAAUAAUGGAACUAAAUAUUUUAAACCAAGAUGUUUUUGAUUCUUUACAUUUUUUUUUUUACCCAUUUACAACUCAUGUAAUAAAUAGGGGAUUCAGUCUGUCUAAAAUUA